AAUGAAACAGUCCUGGGGUCGGCUGACUCUUCUUUUUCCCGCCCCUAGCCUGGUUGGAGCAUGCGCCUCCUGUCCUCACAUCCUCCAAGCCGCGGGAGCUGAGUAUGGACUACGCCCUAGGAAAUUGAUUCUAGUCUGGGGGAGUUCCGAGAGCUUCGGUUCCCAGAAACUUCAGCACCUCAAGGAGCGGACAGCGCUCUCGCGUCCCUUCCAGACAACUUCGGCAUCUUGGAAAACCCUUUCUUCUCUACAGCGUCCAGGGCAGGUGCAGAACGGAACAAACCAUCUCCUCUCCGUCUACUCUCCCUCUCGUUCCAUUCCUUCUUCCUGUUUUUACUCCUCCUCUCCAUUCAUAACAAAAGCAUCGCUACCAGUGCGGGUGGGUCUCUGCAGUUCUCUCUGUAACGCCAAGCAGUUUCCGCAGGGAGUAAGAAUGGGGCUUCUCCGGAUGGGGACGAUGAUUCAAGUGCUGGCGCUUGUCCUCAGCCAAAUUCAUGCUUUUCCCAAACCAGAGCGCAGCCAAGACAAAUCUCUACACAACAGAGAACUAAGUGUAGAAAGGCCUUUGAAAGAACAGAUUGCUGAAGCUGAAACAGAUCAGAUCUUGAAAACAGCCCCUCCAGAAAACAAAGGAGGGGAGAGAAAUUAUUCUUCUGAUGACUUGAACCUGCUAAAAGCAAUAGGAGAAAAGGAGAAAAAAGAGAAAGAAAGGAAAUUAGUACAAAACUCACCACAUAAUAAGAAAUUGAUUGUGGAAGAUGUAGAUUCAACCAAGAAUCGUAAACUUGUCGAUGACUAUGAUUCUACUAAAAGUGGACUAGAGAAUAAAUCUCAAGAUGAUCCAGAUGGUCUUCAUCAACUGGAUGGAACUCCUUUAACUGCUGAAGACAUUGUCCAGAAGAUUGCCACCAGAAUUUAUGAGGAAAAUGACAGAGGAGUAUUUGAUAAAAUUGUUUCUAAACUUCUGAAUCUUGGCUUGAUUACAGAAAGCCAAGCAUACACAUUGGAAGAUGAAGUAGCCGAGGUCUUACAAAAAUUAAUCUCUAAGGAAGCCAGAAAUAAUGAGGAAGAACCUGAAUUUCCUUCCAGCAGGACAGAGAACUAUGCUGAAAACCUCCCAGAGGAAACGACUCUAAAACCAGCCAUUCAAGAUGGUCUUACUAAUGGAGAAAACGAUGAUACAGUACAUAACACCUGGUCCCUACCUAAUACCUUGGAAAGAAGAAACAAACUUUAUGCUGAGGACAAUUUUGAUGACCUCCAGUAUUUCCCAAAUUUUUAUGCACUACUAAAAAGCAUUGACUCAGAGAAAGAGGCUAAAGAGAAAGAAACACUGAUAACUAUAAUGAAAACAUUGAUUGAUUUUGUGAAGAUGAUGGUUAAAUAUGGUACAAUUUCUCCAGAAGAAGGUGUCUCAUACCUUGAAAACUUGGAUGCAACAAUAGCUCUACAGACCAAGAAUAAACUCGAAAAAAAUGCCACUGACAAUAAAAACAGAUUAAUGCAAGAUAAGAGUCAUGAGGAAGCAGACAGUACAAAGGAGGAAGCAGCUAAAAUGGAAAAGGAAUACGGAGCACAAAAAGAUUCCACAAAAGAUGGAUCUAAUGCAGAAAAAAACGAGGAACCAAAAGGUAUGGGAUCCUCACCCUUGGCUCAUGGAAAAACAGAGACCUAUUUGGAAGCCAUCAGAAAGAAUAUUGAAUGGCUGAAGAAACAUGACAAACAAGGAAAUAAAGAAGAUUAUGACCUUUCAAAGAUGAGGGACUUCAUCAACCAGCAGGCUGACAUUUAUGUGGAAAAAGGCAUCCUUGAUAAAGAAGAAGCUGAGACUAUCAAACGUAUUUAUAGCAGCCUGUAGAAAAGACAAGGAAUCCAGGAAGGAUGCUAAAGUCUUCUGAUCAUGGCACACUUAGGAAAACAUGCUAUAGCUUCAAGCACUUUUAGUCCUGUGAUCUGCGUUCUUUUCAUUUAAGGAUUAAUAGAAAAUGCUGAAUUCACAUUGUAAUGAAUAUUUUAUGAGUGAUGAAAAGUAGCUCUCUUGAUAUAAAGACUGACAGUAUACUAAUAUCCCUUGAUUCACUAAAAAGAAGCAUUUUGGAGGAAAUGUGUAUAAAGUAAAAUUUUAUAUACCAAAUCCUUUUCCCUCACUGAUAUAUUCUAAAAUUAGAGAUGUAUUCCUAUGGAAAAACAAAUCCUCCAAUGAACAGAGUUAAAAUUUUUUUUCAAGGAAGGGAUUAAAAUAGGUUCGCAUUGCAGGGCAUGAUGGAUACUAUAGUAUCCCAAUGGCAAUAUGUCCACUGCAAAUUGUAGUUCCCACCAGCAGUUCACUUUGGGAUGUUAAAAUAAAUCCGUUCUUUUUUCUUUCAAAGCCUCUUUAACAUGACACGGUAUUGAGCCAUCUGCUUCUCUAGGUGCUAUUUUUAAACAGACCCUGAAUCAGACCACGGGCUAGGCUCUUUGGGCACCACACCAAAGGGAUCUGGAAAUUAUAUAUUUUUGAUGGUUCACCUACAAUAUUAAGAAAUUCAUCCCCUAAUUUGUAAAUUCCAUAAUAUUGAUAUUUGGAUCACUAAAUUUCCUUGUAAUAAGGGAUACCUGUGUACCUCCCAAGAGUCCAAAUUAGGUCAUCAAGUACACCUUAGAUCAAGAAAAAGUCUUAAGCCAAAUCAGUAGUUAUCUGAAUUGGAUGUGUUCCCAGAGCUAAAAAUAUUUCCCAAUAGGGAGCAGAAAGAGUUCUCAGCAACGAGGUAAAAAUGAAUCAAAUGAAAAUCAUUCCCCUCAUUCUGAACCAAAGCUGACAGAUCAGCUUCCCUAGAGGAAAAGAAAGUUAAUGAGCUGAAAGUCCUUCCAAAGCCUCUUCCUCACUCCCUUUCCACAAACAUGCUGCUUAAAAUAAUCACUCAGAAAUGGCCUGAGAACUCCAUGAAAUGUUAUUAGGUUGAUGCUCCCAUAGUAAUCCAUGCUUUGAGAUUUUAUUGUUCAAUGUACAUUAAGUCAAUGUAAAUGUUUUAUAUCUGUUUUCAUUUAAAAAUAAAGAUAUACUGCUUUCUAUAUUAA